AAGUCCAAUCAGAUAACCAAAAUGCUUGCAAAAGUCUGGCUAAAAACCUUCUCACUGAUAGCUUGUGGCGCGUUUGUGGCAGCGGCAUCUCCGAUAAACGCUACACGGAGUACCUGUCAGCAAAAAUCGUACCGGGUGUACAACAACGUCGGAGUGACUUUCAUGGAAGCCUGGAGACGCUGCCAGUGGAACGGGCACCGGUUGGCCACCGUGAGUUCCGAAGCGGACAGUAAGCUGUUGGAAGCUGCGAUCGGGGCCUCAAGUAACAAAACCGGGCCCUGGUGGAUUGCGGGAACCGAUCAGGGCAGCGAGGGGAAUUUCAUUUGGAUUUCAACUAACGUUCCGGUAGGAUUUGAUACCGGGUAUGAAAAUUUCUACCCAACCCAGCCUGACAAUGCCGGAGGAGCCGAGGAUUGCAUGGAGAUUGGGCGCUGGGGUGGAGUGCGCUGGAAUGAUGCACCUUGUGGGUGGAAGCAGCGUUACAUUUGUGAACAAGUGAGACUUUGUUGAAAGUGUGAAUUUCAAAUAUGCCUAGAUGGCGUUUCCUCUAACUAUCCCACAUCUAUUAGCUAUUUCGAAGGUUAUUUUUACAAUUUUUUCCCCCUCUUUGUCCAAUUCGUUCACUUUAGUACCAAUAAACUCUCUCCACAUUUCGAUCAAAUCAGUCGUUGAAAGGUAGUGUAUAUCUCAGCUCAGGAUAACAACUGCAGUUAAAGCAACAUAAUAAAGUGAUAUAAAUGAAAUAAAUAAGCUUAGUUUUCGAUAAAGUUUUUGUCCGAGGUUCAUGACCAUAACAUUUUUGUUUUUUUUUAUGAUAAGUUAAACUGUUACUUACAAAUACAACACAAAAUAGAACUUUGCAACAUAAAACUUAAAAAAAA